GGACGCGCCCGCACACACACGCACUCACCCGCCGCGCGGCCAGGCCACCGGCCAGCCUCUCCGCCUCUCUCCCCUUCUCUUCUCUCCCCUUUUCCUCCAUUUUUCCGUUCAAACUCUCCGCUCACUCCCGGCUCGCCGCUCGAGGCCCGCUCCACGCGGACAGGAGCGCGAGGAGGCGGACUGACCACCGGAUUAGCAACUUUUUCCAGCGACGGGCUGUCCCGGAGCUGCCGUGAUUCACCGCCCCAGCAGCCAGCGGCGGGCCUCAACUUUCCCCAGCCUGGGCUCACCGGACGGUGACGUCAGCCCGGAGAAAAGUUGAGCUCGAGGCGCCGGUGCUGCCGUUAUUCCCGGGAGCAGCUCCGGUUAGUGUACGCUGGAACUUUUCUGUGAGGCAGCAGCGCCCCCACCCAAGUCCCUCCACCCCCACCCUCUCUGCCCGGCUGUCCCGGUACCGACAGGCCCGCACCGGGACCGGAACCAAGAGAGGCUGCUGCCCCGCGUGCCUUUGUUUGUUUAUUUGUUUGAUUUUACUGAAGGUGGGCAUGGAGAGAGAGUGAGCGGGGCAUCGUGUGGCUUCCACGAGACUCACGGUUUCCUCCGGUCCUGUACAGGUGGUGGGCGGAGCUGAAAAAUGGCGGGUGCAUCAGUGAAGGUGGCGGUGCGAGUCCGCCCGUUCAACUCCAGAGAGAUAGGACGCAACGCAAAGUGUGUGAUCCAGAUGCAGGGAAACACCACCUGCAUCUCCAAUCCCAAACAGCCCAAAGAUGGAGCCAAGAACUUCACCUUUGACUACUCUUACUGGUCACACACAACGCCCGAUGACCCCGGCUUCACCUCUCAGACACAGGUGUAUAAGGACAUCGGAGAGGAGAUGCUGCUGCACGCCUUCGAAG